AUGGCUGAAUCUGCACCCUUGUUGGAGACGAAGAUGGUGACUCCAAGGUCCACUUUUACAUUUGCAAAGGAUACUCCGCACGGGACACGUCCCCAGGCCAUCGCUCAUCGAGGAUAUAAAGCCACAUACCCGGAAAACACAAUGAGCGCAUUCAAAGGAGCAGUAGAUGUAGGCGCACAUGCUAUUGAGACGGAUCUACGUUUGACCAAGGACGGCGUGGUGGUUCUUUCACACGAUGUUACUCUCAAACGCUGUUUUGGAAAAGAUGAACAGCUCGCAGACUGCAAUUGGGACUAUGUCAAGACGUUGCGCACAUUGAAAGAACCGCACGAACAAAUGCCUAGAUUGAAAGAUCUUUUGGAAUAUUUGGCAACUCCGGGUCUUGAAGAUAUUUGGGUAUUGCUUGAUGUCAAGCUAAUCUUGCCGAGUCUGACGGAAGUCCUGAUGGGAAACAAAACCGUUCAAGCAAAGCUUGACAAUUACGCCGAUGAUCUUUUCAGGUCGAUUGCAGCUACAUUAGCAGAUGUUAAGCCAUCAUCGUCGCGCCCGUGGAAUCAACGUGUGUUGGUGGGAUGUUGGGCGGCAAAAUACCUCCCCCUCUGCACAAAAUAUCUACCUGAAUAUCCAAUAAUCCACAUUGGAUUCAACGUAGAUUACGCACGUCAAUUCCUCCAAAUUCCUAGCGUCAACAUCAACAUGUUUCAAACGCUAAUAAUAGGACCACGUGGAAAUGCCUUGCUUCAGGAGGUGAAGAAGCAGAAGCCGGAUCGCUCAAUACUUCUCUGGACAGUGAAUGAAGAAUCGUGGAUGAAAUGGAGUAUCAGGCAAGAAGUCGAUGGCGUAAUUACUGAUGAUCCCAAGAAAUAUCUCGAGGUAUGCAAAAGCUAUGAUAAGCUGGAGAAGCUACGCCACUCUUGGGAGUCUUGGAAGGCUAUUUUCUGGAUGCAUAUGAUGGCUUUGGUAUUCGGUCUGGCUUUCAGAUUGAAACACGGGCUGUGGGUCGAUGUAAAAAAGGUUAGGAAAAAUCAGGAAAGUUGA